UUCUCACAAACUAACAUCAAAAUCCAAAAAAAGAAAAAACUCUGAAUUCGAUUCCCACUCCACAACCCAAGCAAACCCUAUUCCCCCAAAUUCCCCACACUCAUGGGAUCCUCAGCGAUGGUGUUGGAUCCAAAACCCUCAUCGGAACCACCGCCGUUCCUCCCCUCCACGAAAUCCGACUACCUCCAAGGAGGCUUCGGCGGCGGCGACGCGGCCUCCGACGAGGACGACCUCUACAGCCGCCUGAAGUCGCUCCAGCGGCAGCUCGAGUUCAUCGACAUCCAGGAGGAGUACGUGAAGGACGAGCAGAAGAACCUGAAGCGCGAGCUCCUCCGCGCGCAGGAGGAGGUCAAGCGGAUCCAGUCGGUGCCGCUCGUCAUUGGCCAGUUCAUGGAGAUGGUCGACCAGAACAACGGCAUCGUCGGAUCCACCACCGGAUCCAACUACUACGUCAGAAUCCUCAGCACCAUCAACCGCGAGCUUCUCAAGCCUUCCGCCUCCGUCGCGCUCCACCGCCACUCCAACGCCCUCGUCGACGUUCUGCCGCCGGAGGCCGACUCCAGCAUCUCGCUCCUCAGCCAGUCUGAGAAGCCUGACGUCACUUAUAAUGACAUUGGAGGAUGUGAUAUUCAGAAACAGGAAAUUCGUGAGGCUGUGGAGCUACCCCUUACGCAUCAUGAACUAUACAAGCAAAUUGGUAUCGAUCCUCCUCGCGGAGUUUUACUAUAUGGACCCCCUGGCACCGGCAAAACUAUGCUUGCCAAAGCUGUUGCUAAUCAUACCACUGCCGCCUUUAUCAGGGUUGUUGGAUCUGAGUUUGUGCAGAAGUAUCUUGGUGAGGGUCCAAGAAUGGUUCGUGAUGUGUUUCGUCUUGCAAAAGAGAAUGCCCCUGCAAUUAUUUUUAUUGAUGAGGUUGAUGCCAUUGCCACUGCUAGAUUUGAUGCCCAAACUGGAGCUGAUAGAGAAGUACAGCGUAUCCUUAUGGAACUUUUGAAUCAGAUGGAUGGUUUUGACCAAACAGUGAAUGUUAAGGUCAUAAUGGCAACUAACAGAGCUGACACGUUGGAUCCUGCUCUGUUGCGUCCUGGAAGGCUUGAUCGUAAAAUUGAGUUCCCUUUGCCUGAUAGACGCCAAAAGAGGCUUGUAUUUCAGGUUUGCACAGCCAAGAUGAACUUGAGUGAUGAAGUAGACCUGGAGGAUUACGUAUCUCGUCCUGACAAAAUUAGUGCUGCUGAGAUAGCAGCCAUUUGUCAAGAAGCAGGAGUCAUAUUGCCGAAGGACUUCGAGAAGGGUUAUAGGACAAAUGUGAAGAAGCCUGAUACUGACUUUGAAUUUUACAAGUGAUGAUGAGGGUUUUUGAAUAGCUUUUAGAUUUGUGUGGUUCGAGUUCAUAAUACAGUGAAGGGUACAUUUCUAGAGGAAUCAUGAAUCAUAUCAAUAUUCUUGAGAAAUGAUGCAAUGUUUCUGUUUCUUGUUGACCUUUCAUCUUAUUAUGUAAUUUAGAUUAUUUAAUUUACUAAAUAUAUUAAUUGUGGCAACUUGUGAGUUAGUACUGCAUGUCUGAUUAUUAAGCACCCAUAUGAUGGUUAAAAACAAAGUCAGCACGAUUUUCUAAAUAUAUAUGGGUGACGUGUUUCUGCCUUCAA